AUGUCUUGUUUGGACUGUUCCUGUAUUCUACGUACACCAGUUGAAUCAAUCAGACCAGAAGAGCUAUCUCAGAGCAGCGUCCAUGAAUGCCUGGCUGAUUCUGAUCUAGCCUGGAUUCCCCCAUCUACAGGAAGGAAUGAAAUGGUAUUUUGCUCUUCUAACGUCUCUCACUAUGAACUCCAGCUGGAAAUAGGAAGGAGGUUCAACAACUUAACUUCAGUCUACCUUGCACGGCAUACGCCUACAGGCAUGCAAGUUGCUGUAAGGAUCACAGACCUAGAAAAUUGCUCCGAAGACCACUUGAAAGCCUUACAGAAUGAGGUGGUUUUAUCCCACUUCUUCCAGCAUCCCAAUAUAAUGACGCUUUGGACAGUGUUUACAGCUGGUAGUUGGCUUUGGGUCAUCUCCCCAUUCAUGGCCUAUGGUUCAGCUAGACACCUGCUGAAUACUUACUUUCCUGAAGGAAUGAGUGAAGCUUUGAUAGGGAACAUUCUAUUUGGUGCAAUCAGAGGAUUAAAUUACAUGCACCAGAAUGGCUACAUUCACAGGAAUAUUAAAGCUAGCCACAUUCUGAUUUCAGGGGAUGGGCUGGUUUCUCUCUCUGGCUUAAACAACCUCUACAGUUUAGUUAACAAUGGACAAAAGUCAAAGGUGGUAUAUGAUUUCCCCCAGUUUAGUACAUCUGUGCUUCCUUGGCUGAGCCCUGAACUACUGAGACAGGAUUUGUCUGGGUAUAAUAUGAAGUCUGACAUUUACAGUGUGGGAAUUACAGCAUGUGAAUUAGCCAAUGGAUCUGUUCCUUUUCAAGAUAUGCCUCGCACUCAGAUGCUGCUGCAAAAGCUGAAAGGUCCUACAUACUGUCCUUGGGAUAUAAAUACCUUCCCCCGUGGGGAAUCCAGGAUGAAGAAUUCCCGAUCAGGUGUUGAUUCUGGAAUUGGUGAGAGCAUGACACACACAAUGACCAGUGAAAGACUACAAAUUCCCUUUUCCAAAACGUUUUCACCUGCUUUCCACAACUUGGUAGAACUUUGCUUGCAACAGGACCCUGAGAAAAGGCCAUCAGCAAGGAGUUUGCUUUCGCAUACAUUCUUCAAACAGAUAAAAGAACAAACACAGAAUUCACUACUGUCUCUAUUACCACCUCCUAUUCAAAAUAACAGAUCAGAGUUCUUGGCAGUGCCCUCAACAGCAGUUGGGACUGAACUUGGACAUAUUACUGCAAAUCAAGAUGAUACGGACUGGGAAUUCUAAAUAAAUAUGAAACAAUCAUACCUCUCCUGUGCUUCAAAGAAGGAAAAUGUGAUUUGUAUUUGCUGCUUUAGUUUGUAUGGUUAAAAUACAAUUAGACAAGGUAUACUUGAAAAUGCCAUUGAAGUGGCCAUAUUUCCUUACCUACUUCUUCUGUUGGUAUGAAGUGCACCGUGCCUCACUUUCUCACCGUAAGGAAAACUGUAUAUAGAGAAUGGCUGAAUUCUUACCUCCCUCUUUAAAAAUAUUUCUUAACAAGAGGGUUCCUGCUGUAAUCUGACUCUAUACUGUAUUUUCAGCUUAUAUUGCUGCAGUCUGUGUGCCUUUCUGAAUUCAGGCUUGGGUUUUGUCUGUGACCUUAUUUAAACAAUCUGUUUGUCUUUUAAUUAUCACUCCAUUAUUUGAGUAAGGAGGAAUCCUCCACUUCCAAGUCUUAAUUUUAAACUGCAGAAAUUAGUUGCUUAUGCAAAUAAAUGUUUCUCU